GAGUUUGCGCUGAUAUGUGGAUGACUCUGAUUGGCGAGACCAAUUUCAACGAGUGACCCCUCUUUUGACUACCUACGAGCAAAGAUAUACCUCCGACCUUCAGCAUCGUCUAGCUGGAUAAAUGUCAACAUUUCCGACCAUCCAAUACUACUACGACAUCAUGGACGUACAAAACAAAACCCCCACCGUCUCACAACGGCAUCUCAUGAUGGACACGCCGAACCCACAAGAUGCUGUAGCAAAUCAGGAAUCAAAUCGCCUCACCCGCCUCUCCUCAUGGUGGGCCACUCCACCUCCCUCGGACGAAACACCUCUAUCCUUCAGCCUUUCCCUCCUACCCCCAGAGCUACGUCUACAGAUAUACACCCACCUCGGCACCCUUAGUGAGUCACGCGCAAAACGCUGUCUAGGCGUUUUCGUCACACAUACACCUGCCAGUGAACUUCAGAGGCUUUUCUGCAAACGCCAUGGCUUGACAAACACAAAAAUUUUGGCCUCGACAUGGCAUUUUGAGUAUCUGGAGCAUGUCUUUCGAGUCUGGAGUUUUGAGCCCAGGGGUAAAGAUUGUUAUCUCAAGGAUGCGGUGUUUGCAGACUAUGCACGGGAUUGGCCAGAAGAUAUAGGAUUGCUGAGGAAAACGAUGCGGAAACGUGUUUUUAAGUUUCCAAACGCGAUGCAGAAAUGGGUGGGUCUUGCAAAGGAGUAUGGAGUUGAUGAUGGGAUUGCGCCUGUGGGGGUUAGAUUGUUCAUUCCGAGCAAGGGGAUGGGGAGGGCUGAGGAGUGGGGUCUACGUAUCAAGGCUUGUCUCCAGACGCUGGUGCUACUUGCGAGGAGGUUGAGGGAAGGCAGAGUCAGAUUGGUCCUCAGCUUCUUAGAGGGAGAGACUUGUUGUUGGUUCCAUGAGCAUAAACCUGGGAAGUAUGGGAAACCUCAGAGGAGCGGACAUCAACGCAGUACCACGGAUAUUGCCAUUGUCAUCGGGAAAGAACGUCGGGGUGGCGAGCAGCGGGAGAUGUUCCUGAAGCGGAGUGUAUUGUCUUUGAAAGAGACAGAAGGCUUUGGCGACAAGGACUCUGACGAGCGACUGCAAUGGCAAGCAAACGCUACUGCCAUCAUCGAAGAACUCCUGGCAUGGAUUGACGAGGUGCAAUCAUCCUCCACAGGUGAUCUCGAGCUUGCGAACCUACCCGACGACAUUCUAGAAGACCACCUCUUCCCUCCGAGAGUAAAGCGAAGAGUUCUUGCUGGCUUGAUGGCCAUAGCUUUCGUACUCGCAGGCCUUUUGUGUGUCUGCUAUACUAAGGUAAUCUGUCGUCUUGUGGCUCUUGUGUCUGUGUAGUGGACAGUGUCUGGCGGACGUUUGCUUUUCGAGUAGUAUAUACCUCGGCGACACAAGCCUAGAGAUUAUUGCGUCUCCAGGUAACCACGAGAGUGACAGUGUUUCGGAUCGGGAUCGUGGUAAGAUGUGAAUGCUAAACUAGCUGAAGCAGAAUUGCACUAGAAAUACCACAAUAUACCGAAUUAUCACCUCGAUGAAGCUUCA